CAUUACUGUUCUACGUUAUCAGUAAUCCUUUGUUCCUCGGUGUUUCUACCGGUGCGUCGAUUUUUAUGUUUGUCUACGUUUACGUGAGCCGUUUUUGGUAACAACAAUUAAAACGAGUCACUGGUCAACUCACUUAAUUAAGUAAUAAAUAAUAAUUAGUAACGCACAACGAGUGACGAGAACGACCACCAUUUCCGCCGCAUUUCACUUCUCGAACACCCUUCAACUACAACUGUCACGCAUCGUAAUCAUCAGCGGAACAGCGCAGAAAAAAAUAUGGAUCAAGUAAAACAAAUGUUGGAACCCGGGCGCCAGUUUUCCAAAGAUUCGAUUAGACUGGUUAAAAGAUGCACUAAACCUGACCGGAAAGAGUUCAAGAAAAUCGCAAUUGCUACGGCCAUUGGUUUUUGCGUUAUGGGUUUCAUUGGUUUCUUUGUAAAACUUAUUCACAUACCAAUCAACAACAUCAUUGUGGUAUCAUGAAGUGGAAGCUAAUCAACUUCUUCAUUUCUUGAAAACACUGUAUCUUGAUAAAAAGAAUGUAUGUCUUCAUAAUAUUUUGUUUUUAUACUGUGUAUUAAAUAUUUGUGAACAUUA